AUGUCAAUGGUAACAGUGGGCGCCCGAAGCGGUCCCAUAGCGAACGGCCCGAUGCACGCCCGGCCACUCGUGGCACUGCUGGACGGACGCGACUGUUCGGUGGAGAUGCCUAUCCUGAAAGACGUGGCGACUGUGGCCUUCUGUGACGCGCAGUCCACGCAAGAGAUCCACGAGAAGGUGUUGAAUGAGGCGGUGGGCGCUCUCAUGUGGCACACCAUCACUCUCACCAAAGAGGAUCUCGAAAAGUUCAAAGCCUUGAGAAUCAUCGUUAGGAUCGGUUCCGGAGUAGACAACGUCGACAUCAAAGCCGCCGGAGAGAUGGGAGUUGCCGUUUGCAACGUUCCCGGCUAUGGCGUGGAAGAGGUGGCCGACACGACCCUUUGUCUGGUGCUGAACCUCUACCGGCGCACCUACUGGUUGGCUAAUAUGGUCCGCGAGGGCAAGAAAUUUCAGGGCCCCGAACAGGUGCGCGAAGCGGCCGCCGGAUGCGCGCGAAUACGCGGCGAUACGCUCGGCAUCGUUGGCUUGGGUCGCGUGGGGACGGCUGUGGCGCUGAGGGCCAAGGCGUUCGGGUUUAACGUAAUCUUUUACGACCCGUACCUCCCGGACGGCAUCGAGAAAUCCCUGGGACUCACCCGCGUCUACACACUACAGGACCUACUGUUUCAGAGCGACUGCGUGUCACUGCACUGUACGCUCAAUGAACACAACCACCAUCUGAUCAACGAGUACACCAUCAAACAGAUGCGCCCGGGUGCCUUUCUGGUGAACACAGCGCGCGGCGGACUCGUGGACGAGCACGCGUUGGGCGCCGCCCUAAAGGACGGUCGCAUACGGGCGGCGGCGCUGGACGUGCACGAGAACGAGCCCAUGUCUGGCCUGUCGGGAAUGGCGGACUCGCCGAACGUGAUCUGCACCCCACACGCCGCCUGGUAUUCGGACGCCUCGUCCACCGAACUCCGCGAGAUGGCGGCGUCGGAGAUACGCCGGGCGAUCGUCGGUCGCAUACCGGACUCGUUGCGCAAUUGCGUCAAUAAGGAGUACUUCGUGUCGUCCAACUACGGCGAGAGUAUUAACGGCGCCGGUGGUGGUGGUGGCGGUAUCGGUGGCGCCUACAACUACACGGGACCCAUAGUGCCGCACUCGACGACACUGGAGCCGCUGCCGGCGCCCGGCUCCGGACCCACGUCGCUAUCCGCAGCACACGCCACCCCUCACUCGACAUUACAAGAGGCCGCUAAUCAUAUGACACCCAAACCCGAGAGCUCUGAAGUUCAUUGAAAUCAAAACCCAAUCAAAUUUUUUUCCCGAUCUUUUCGUUUUGUGUCCGAUUUUUAUCCGUGUUUUUCUCCAUAACGUGUCGAACGCUUUCUCUCUCUCUCUCUCCCUCACACUCACUCACUAUAUCCCUAUCUCUCUGUUAUUCUCUCUCUUUCUCUCUCUUUAUAUAUUUUCCUAUCGAUAGCUCUCAUAAGAGACAGACAAUUGUUUAUUGCCAUCCGAUUGGGCGCCCGUUUCCGACCAUAACGUUUGUGUUUGUUUUUUGUAAUCAUUAAGCGAUCCUUCUUUUUGUUCAUUCAAUUAUUCUCUCAAUUAAUUAUAAUUUAAUUAUCAAUUUUUUUUACAUCAAAAUUAUAUAUUUUUAAAGUUUUUUGUGUCUCUCUCUCUCCCCUUCAUUCCAACACUUAAUUAUAGUUAAGAUUAUUAUUAUUAUUAUAAAUACAACACAAUUAUGAGAAAACAAAAAACACAUUCAAAACGACUUCUCCCGAGAAAACUAUUGGACUUUAAAUAUAUAUAUAAACAAAAAGAGAAAAAACAUUUUAAAUGAUAUGAAGAGAAAAAAGUCUUUGUAUUUGCGAGCAUUCAAUUCAAUUUCAUAAUCAAAUUUUUUUUUGUGUUUUUUUUCAUUAAACUCUUUAUAUAAACACUUAUUUAGUUAUAAUGUUUAGUAUUAUUUUCUGUUCAUACGGUUCUCAAUAAAAGGUUUUUUCUUUUCUUUUCAAAUAAAACAAAUGAGACAUUCAUUCAAAUUGUUUAUUAUUUCCCAUUAUGGCGUAUAAUGGGAGGGGUGCACAGAGGGG